GCAGUGGAUGGCGCGCCUGAAAUGCCGUGCUCACGUCGGCGUCCUGGCGGGCGAGGCCCUGCGUAUCACGAUCCCGCAGCUGGUGCUGCACAGCAGCGAUGGCCACGAAAGCAUGGCGCAGCGGUUCAUGUGGGCCUUGGACAGCCACUUCCGCCGCUGACCGACGACGUCUACGCCAAGGUCACGGCCGUGCAUGCGCGCUGGGUGCGCAAUCUGCAGUAUCCGGCUGAAUGGGACAGGAUCCGAGCCUAUCUGACAGUAUUCAGUGGGUUCCACGCCGACGGCACGCCAAAGGGAUGGAACGACGUGGAUCUGCGCACUGAGGAUGUGCGCACCUGGAGCCGAUUGGCCGUGUGUGGAAUCAACGACGUAUUUCGUGUUUGACAAGUAGCGGCUCGUACAAAUAGUUUUGCUAAACUUAUUAUGGAUUCUUAUGUUUUUUUGGCACCGAUACCCUACUCGAGGAAUCCGAUGGGUUUCUCGCGUUAGCGGUAAUAAGAGAACAUUUGCUUAUAUUUGGAAGCAGGAAUUGCGGUUGCUUUUGUAUUGGUUAGAUUUCGAGUGUCAUCUAUACUGCUUGCCCGCUUUCCCAAUUGUUGGCUGUUUGAUGGCUAUUGACUAUUAAAGUUAGA